GGUUUCUGCCUUACCUUCUGUUACGUUCUUCAUCAUUUGUAUGAAUGUUUAUUGAUUUGAUCAAUUCACAGAUCCGCAAUUUCUGAAUAAUUUUGGCAGAGAUUUUAUGAUCUUUACGCAAUUGGAAUAUUAUUGCGAAUUGUAAUUCAUUCAUAAUUGGGUGUAAGGCUUGAUAAUCAAUACGCGACUCUGUUGUUGAAAACAGGAGAUUAGAGGAGUUUUUAGAUUUGGAAUAGAGAUUAGAGAUCAUGAGUGGAGAUGCAGAGCCGAAGCUUGACGAUGAUCAAAUUGCGGAGCUUCGUGAGAUUUUCCGGUCAUUUGAUAGGAACAAUGACGGAAGUUUAACGCAGCUUGAACUCGGAUCGUUGCUUCGAUCAUUAGGAUUAAAGCCGAGUAAUGAUCAAUUGGAGGAUUUAAUCCAGAAGGCAGAUAGGAACAGCAAUGGAUUGAUUGAGUUUUCGGAAUUUGUGGCUUUGGUGGCGCCGGAGCUUAUAGCAGCGAAGUGUCCAUACUCGGAGGAACAGCUAAAGAAGAUUUUUCAGAUGUUUGAUAGGGACGGUAAUGGUGUGAUCACGGCGGCGGAGUUAGCGCAUUCUAUGGCUAAAUUAGGACAUGCACUUACACAAGAGGAGUUAACAGGGAUGAUCAAGGAAGCUGAUAGGGAUGGUGAUGGUUGCAUUAGCUUUGAGGAGUUUGCUCAGGCGAUGACUUCCGCUGCAUUCGAUAAUUCCUGGACAUGAAACGCCUUUUCUUUCUGGCGAAAGAAAAAACAGACUUGGGCUCGAACAAGGACUAAUUUCAAUCAACGAAGCUAUCAGGCUGAAAUAGAUGGGAAUGUUCCAAAAUGAGUUCAUUGUUCAACUUGGUUUUUCCAAUUUUGCCAGUCUCAUUGUUUUGUUUUUGUUUAUUGUUUUUUUCGUUUUGGUAGGUAAGUUUUUGUAGCAUAAUCCAUCAUUACAGAAAUGAAAUGCAUUUGGAAGGACGAAACAGACCUUCAAUCA